CACGUUGUAUCACGUGUCUGCCGGGGCUUUCAAUCCCCAGCACAUGCGUAAAAGUCAGGUGGUGGACGACGAUUUGCGGUCACACGAACGUCGCAACUGCUGGCUCGUCAAGGCGGCCGACCUAUACAACGAAGUCACGCGGGGAUCCGACGACCAGCAACAACAACAGUCACAGUCCGGCAAAAGUGCGUCUCAGGGCAUGUUUAUUGGCUGCACAUUGGACACAGCUACAGGACAGGCCAGCUUCAGCUGCGAUGGCAAACUCAGUUCUACACGAUUUCAAAUGUUGCCGGGGGCAGCCCUGUUCCCGGCCAUCUUUGUGGAGGCCAGCAGCCGAGAGAUGCUUCAGGUCGAGCUGGGUCGCACGCCCACGACGCUGCCCUUCAGUGCCGCCAUCCUGCGCAACUCUGAAAAGUCCAUCCAACCCCAAAUGCCGCCUCGUCUCAAAGUGCAGGUCCUGCGCCAAUUCCAGUGGGCCCGGGUACCCAAUUCGGGUCUCCGGGUCCAUGCCCUCAAGCUCUCCGAAGUCCGGGGUUGGAGCAUGCUUUGCGAAGACGCCGUGCCGAUGCUCGCAUUGCACGUCCCGGAAGAAGACAGGUGCAUGGACGUGCUGGAACUCAUAGAACACGAGAAGCUGCUCAAUUUCCACGCCCAGACCCUGGUGCUCUAUUGCGCUCUUUGCUAUCAGAGUAAUUACAGAGCCGCACACACGCUGUGCUCCCACGUGGACCAGCGUCAGUUGUUGUAUGCGAUCCGGGCGGAUUAUUUGUCUGGCCCGUUGCGACUGGGGUUCUACGAUUUGUUGGUGGCGCUGCAUUUGGAGUCGAAUGCUGAGACACGGGCUCAAACUGCGACUGAGUUCCUGGUGCCAGUGUCUGAUGACCUGAGAGCACUAUACUCGGGUGAUACUGCGAACCAGAUGCGCCAUUCCCUGCACUCAGUUGCCACGGGUUCAGUGAGACCCCGAGUGUCCACUUGUCCCAUCACAGAUGCCAGCACAGACAUCAGGGACUUGCGUAGUCCUCACGUGGACUUGGAUGAGUUGAAGCGGUUUGCAAUCGACGCCCUGGAGGACGCCGUGGCGUCCAACCAGGUCCACGUGAGGGAUCCGAUCGGAGGAUCCAAUGCGAACCUAUUCGUGCCGCUUCUCAAGCUGUGCGACAAACUGCUUUUAAUCGGGCAGAUGGACGAUGAUGAUGUCAUGAGGCUUCUGGUCAUGAUUGACCCGGGCACUUGGGGCGGUGAAACUGAGGCUGGCUUCUCUGCAUUUACUUCGGAAGACAACGAGACUCAUGCACGCGUGGGACUCCUGCAAAUGCGCGUGGCGGAAGGCGUGAAGCUGCAGCUCUGCUACAUCCUGCAACACCUACACGACCUACAACUGCGGCAUCGCGUAGAGUCCCUAGUCUGCUUCGCCGAGGAAUACGUCCAGCAAAUCCAGUCCGAACAAAUCCGUCGCUACGUGGAAAUCAAACAAUCCGACUUGCCUUCAGCCGUGGCUGCGAAAAAGACGCGAGAAUUCCGCUGUCCGCCCCGAGAGCAAAUGAACAUCAACCUGGCCUUCAAGAACGUCACGGAAGACGCGGAUUCUUGUCCAGCUGGCCCGGAACUCGUGGACCAACUCAUGGCCUUCCACGACGAAUACAUCGCAGUGAUAGCUGUCCCAGCGCCGCCCGAGCUGGAAGAUGACGCCACUGGCGCCGCCGGCGCCACUGCCGGCGGCGGCGACCAUUCUGCGGAAGCUGCAGCAGCGGAACUGGCCAAGCAAAAGCCCGGCAUGUUUGCCAAAAUCAAGCACUUUUUCAGCUUGGCUGCUGGGAAUGAUGAGGCAGGCGCCUUUUUCACUGGCGGCGAGCCGGAAGAAGAGGACGCCGGACCGUUGCUUGAGGAGAGAUUUAAACAAGUACUCAUACCGACUGUUGUUGGGUGGGCCAAACAGGACCAUAUUGAAGAUGCUGACCUGGUGCGAGAGAUGUUCAGCUUGCUCUUGAGACAGUAUAACGGGGUUGGAGAGGUAGUGGCUGCUUUGGGCAACACAUACGUGUUCCAUGGCCGUGGCAGCGAGGACGUGGCCCAAUUGCUUGAGCAGCUCUCACGGGUUAGGUCCCUGUUACCCGUACAGAUGUCAGUCGAAGAAGAGAAACUCGUGCGUGGGCUCCUGUGGGAAAUGGUGCGAAACAGGGUCUUUUUCCAACACCCGGAUCUCAUGCGUACUUUGCAUGUGCAUGAGAAUGUCAUGGCCAUCAUGAUGAACACUUUGGGUAGACAGGCACAACGUCAGGAUGAAGCCGGCAAUAAGGAAGGCGGAGGUGGGGAAUCGCAGCAGCAGCAGCAACCCCAGCCGCAGAACCAGUCCAUGCCGCAUUCUGCCCCUGCAGACAUGGUUGUGUCCUGCUGCCGGUUCCUGUGCUACUUCUGCCGGGCUUCCGGUGCCAACCAACGCGCCAUGUUUGAGCACCUGUCCUUCCUGAUCGACAACUCCAACAUCCUGCUGUCGCGUCCGUCCCUUCGCGGCACCGCGCCACUAGAUGUCGCCUACUCUGCGUUCAUGGACAACACGGAACUCGCACUGGCCCUGCGCGAGCACUACUUGGAGAAGAUCGCAGUCUACCUGUCCCGAUGUGGCCUGCAAAGCAAUUCCGAGCUCGUGGCCAAGGGCUAUCCCGACAUUGGAUGGGAUCCUGUUGAAGGGGAACGAUAUCUCGACUUCCUUCGUUUCUGCGUCUGGGUGUCUGGAGAAAGUGUGGAAGAGAAUGCGAACCUGGUGAUUCGACUGCUGAUCCGUCGACCCGAAUGUCUGGGCCCUGCCCUGAGGGGUGAAGGCGAGGGGCUGCUGUCGGCCAUUGUGCAUUCGAACCAGAUGAGCGAGCAGAUCUCGAUGCGCCGCCUCGGCGCCGGCGCCGAAAGUGAGCAGCAACAGGCGCAUCAUCCGAUGCCCGAGGGCGACGAUGACGAGGACUGGAUCGACACCGGCGCCGCCAUUCUCAAUUUCUACUGCACUCUGGUGGAUUUGCUGGGAAGGUGCGCCCCUGACCAGAGGGUCAUUGACCACGGAAAGAAUGAGGCCCUGAGGGCCAGGGCCAUCCUCAGAUCCCUGGUGCCCCUGGAAGACCUGAUUGGAGUGCUGAGUCUCAAGUUCCAACUGGGCCAGCAGCCAGCCAUGAUGAACGGUGGCCUGCUGGAGCUGGCCGACCAGCAACAGCAGGCCGCAUCAUCGUCAGACAUCCCGUCUGGUCUCACUCCUCGCCACAAACAGAGCAUCGUGUUGUUCCUGGAACGAGUUUACGGCAUUGAAGAAAAGGCCCUGUUUUAUCGCAUCCUGGAAGAAGCCUUCCUUCCGGACCUGAGAGCAGCGACCAUGUUGGACAAGGGGGACGGCGGCGAAUCGGAAAUGGCCCUGGCACUCAAUCGCUACAUUGGCAACAGCAUCUUGCCGACUCUCAUCAGUCAUCGUGGGUUCUACGUGGACUCUGAGCAGUACAGCUCCCUGCUGGACGCCUCCCUGCACACCGUGUACAAGCUGAGCAAAUCCAAGAUCCUCACCAAGGGCCAGCGAGAAGCCGUGUCCGACUUCCUCCUGGCCCUCACGCGGGAAAUGCAGCCCAGCAUGCUGCUCAAGCUCCUGCGCAAACUCACCGUGGACGUGUCCCAACUCAGCGAAUACACCACGGUGGCGCUCAAGCUGCUCACGCUCCAUUUCGAGCGUUGCGGGCGGUACUAUGGCGCCGUCGGUGGCCAGGGCAGCUACGGCUCCGCGUCCGAAGAAGAGAAGCGCCUCACCAUGAUCCUCUUUCAGAACAUCUUCGACUCCCUGGCCAAGAUGGAGUACAAUCCCACGCUGUUUACGAGCUCUUUGCCGUGUCUGAUUGCCAUCGGCUGCGCUCUACCACCCGACUACACCCUCACCAGGUCCGGCGACGACGACCUCAUGUACCGCAGCACCUCCGACGCCGGGCCGUACAUCCCGCAGCCCAUCGGGACCAGUGGCCUCGUCCUCACCCACGAGAUGGAGACUCUAGUCCAGGCCUUCAGCGAGCACUACCACGACGCCUGGGCGUGUCGCAAAAUGGAGGCCGGCUGGACCCACGCCGACUCCUGGAGCGACACCGAGCGACUCCACCCACGCCUUAAACCCUACCACUUACUCAGCGACUACGAACGCGAACGCUACCGAGAACCCAUCCGAGACGCCCUCAAGGCCCUCAUUGCUCUCAAUUGGAACAUCGAACUCGUGUCGGAAGGCGGACUGGCGGCGUCGGCAGCAGCUGCUGCAGCCGGGGUAGGAGGCAUGCAGAUGCAGCAUCACCAGCACGGCAGCCAGAUGGCCAGCAUUGCCGACUACCACCCGUCGCCGGCGGACAUGACGAAUUUGACGCUGAGCAAGGAGAUGCAGAACAUGGCGGAGCGGCUGGCGGAAGACGCGCACGACAUCUGGGCGAAGAAGAAGAAGAACGAGUUGGACGCGUGCGGCGGAGUGCUGCACCAGCAACUGGUGCCGUAUGACUUGCUGACGGACAAGGAGAAGCGCAAGGACCGGGAAAGAGCCACUGAGCUGCUCAAAUACCUCCAAUUCAUGGGCUACAAAUUAAGAAGGUGCCACAGACAAACUGAGGGAAACCUGGAGAACAUGAGCCCCCAGGCAGGCAGCAGCAGCGCCGCCGGAGUGGCGGUGGAGCGGCGGUUCGCCUUUUCCCUCCUGGAAAAGCUCCUCCGCUACCUGGACCAGGCCGCCGUCAACAUGAAGAUUCCCAAGCCAUCUCGCAACUUCUCCCGUCGCAACUCCUUCCGUCAAACGUCCAAAGACGUCACUUUCUUCAACAAAGUCGUCAUGCCGCUCAUCGAAAAGUACUUUGUCACUAACCGCCAGUAUUUCAUCACAGUGGCGUCCGCCACCGUGUCCAGCGGCGCCGCGUCGCUCAAGGAAAAGGAAAUGGUGGCGGCCUUGUUUUGUCGCCUGAGCAACCUGUUGCGGUCUCGAGCUUCCGCCUUCGGUGCCAACAGUCAGCUCUGUGUCAAGUGUCUGCAAGUCCUGGUCAGGGCCAUCGAUGCCAAAUCCCUGGCCAAAAACUGUCCCGAAUUUAUCCGCACUUCCAUGCUCAACUUUUUCAACUGCGCCGCGACGGACUUGAGUGAGACUAUUUGCAAUUUGGAGCAGCGAAGAGUGAGCCACAUUCUGGGCACGCAUCUCAAGACGUGUUCCAGUCUGAAUUACGUGUACUUGGUACUCCUGCCGGUACUGACGACUUUGUACGAUCACCUGGCUGCUAAUGAUUACGGGGCUGACUUGCUCGUGGGAGAUGUGCAAGUCGCGUCUUACAAGAUCCUCGGGGGUUUGUUUUUGCUCGGCAAGGGGACUGGCGACUUGUCUUCCGGCCGGAAGUUCAUCAACAACGAGUUCCAAGUCCACAGGCCUACGAUCGGCUCCUGUUUGGGAGCAUUCGCAGCUGCAUUCCCAGUGGCAUUCUUGGAACCCGCCUUGGCCAAAAACAACCCCAACUCGAUCCACGGCCAGGCAGCCGAUCAUUCCCUGGAGGCCCAAGACGUCUUGGCCCAACUCGAAACCCAACUGCCGACCCUGGAACGAAUCCUCGCCGAAAUCAGCGACUGGGUCCAAACCCGGUCCAGCAAAUACGCCGAAACCCCGCACAUGAUCGAUCUUUAUUUACCCAUGCUCUGCGCUUACCUUCCUUAUUGGUGGACCCACGGGCCAGACAACGUGAACCCCACGGAACAAGGGCUGCAUCUCACAGCGGUGACCAGUGAGCACAUGAACCAGUUGCUGCGCAGUGUCUUGAACCUCAUCAAGAACAAUAUCGGGAUUGAGAAUUGUCCCUGGAUGAUUCGCAUUGCGUAUUCCCAGCAGAUCAUCAUCAACUCGGCCGAUGCCUUGCUGACUGAUCCGUACUUGCCCCUGUCGCGGAAAGUGAAGCAACGCGUCGACGCCGUGUUCCACAAAGAAGAGUCCAUGAAGGGUUUGCUCAAGUCCACGACAGAGGACACUUCCCAGCUGGAAGCCGAGAUCCAAGACGAAUGGAACCUCGUCGUGAGGGAUCUCUACGCCUUCUACCCGAUGCUCAUCAAAUACGUGGAUCUCCAGAGAUCCCACUGGCUCAAACAGCCCUCGGACGCCGCCGAAGAACUCUACAACAACAUCGCCGACAUCUUCAACACCUGGUCUCGGUCCCUGUUCUUCAUGAAAGAAGAACACAGCUUCGUCAGCCAGCACGAAAUCGACAACAUGACGCUCAUCAUGCCGGCGGCGUCUGCGGGUCGCGGCCGCGGCGGCGAAGGCGGCGGAGGCGCCGGGGCCGGUGGCGGCGGUGCUGGUGGCGGCGGAGCUGGCCCAUCAGCCACUGCUUCCGCAGGCGGCGGGAAGAAGAUAAAGAAGAAGAAGAGCAAGUCGGAGAGGGAAAAGGACAAGGACAGCAAGGGCAAAGGCAGCAGUUUGAUCGUGGCCUGUCUGAAACGAUUGUUGCCCGUGGGACUGAAUUUGUUUGCUGGUCGCCAACAGGAACUCGUGCAACGUUGCAAGGACAAGCUGCUGCAAAAGCAGGCAGAGUCUGACGUGCAAGACUUUGCCAGGAUUCAACUCACUUUGCCAGAUCCAGACAAGAUCGACCCCGCCGACGAGAUGUCCUGGCAACACAUGCUCUACGCCAAACUCGGCACGCAAAAGCACGCCGCCGACGAGUCCGGCAAGGCAUCAUCCGCAGCAGCCGCCGCCGCCGCUGCAGCUGCAGCUGCUGCAGCCAGCUCCCGGAGCAAGAAGCAGCAACAACAGCAACAACAACUCAGCCUGGAACAAACAGCGACUCGCAUCGUGGGCAUGGCCAAAGUGCUUUUCGGCCUCCACACCAUCGAUCACCCGCAAACCGAAGCCCGAGGCGCCAUGCGCAAGGUCAUGACGCCGCAGCGGAAAAAGGCCGUGAUCCAGUGUUUCCGCCAGGUGUCACUGCAUUCGCUGCCCGUGCACCGCGCCAUCAACUUGUUCCUCAUGUCCUACGCGGGUCUUUGGCUGGACGACGAAAACGUGGGGCAGGAGCAGGUCAUCGAGGACUUGACGCUCAGCUUCGAAGCUUCCGAGCGGCAAAAGAAAACGAUCACGUCUUCGGGCCCUGCUGCUGCGGCGGCCGCGGACGAGUCCUCGUCGUCAUCGUCUGCUGCUGGAGCAGCGUCAUCUAGCGGCGGCGGAGACGACGCCGGUGGCAGUGGCGGGCACAGAGGCGGGCCUCCGGAUCCCGUGACGACUCUCGUCAGAGUGUUUUGCCACGGAGCCAGUUCUGAGCAUGCAGCUGACAUCGCAGGGGAUGAUUUGUACAUGAAGUAUGCCGCCAUAAUGGCAAAGAGUUGCGGAGAUGAAGAAGAGGAGGAAGAGGAUGAAGGGGGAGACGGAGAUGCGUCCAUUGCUGAGCAGGAGAUGCAGAAGCAGUUGUUGCUGUUUUCGCAGAGUCGGUUGGCCAGCAGGGGAGUGGCGGAGAUGGUGCUGCUCUACUUGUCUGCUUGCAAGGGGGUUCAGUCUGAUCUGGUGAUGGAGACACUCAAGCUGGGCAUCUCCAUCCUCCGUGGCGGCAAUGUGGACAUCCAGAGGGCCAUGUUGCAGCACCUGAAGGACACCAAAGACGUGGGUUUCUUCACGUCCAUCGCAGGCCUCAUGAGCUCGUGCACAGUGCUCGACUUGGACGCCUUCGAGCGGAACACGAAGGCCGAGGGUCUCGGCGGCGGCCCCGACGGCGCCGCUGGCCAAAAGAACAUGCACGACUCGGAGUUCACCUGCGUGCUUUUCCGCUUCGUGCAGCUCACCAGUGAGGGCCACAACCUGGACUGGCAGAACUACCUGAGAACCCAAGCCGGGAACACGACGACUGUGAAUGUGGUCAUUUGCACUGUGGACUACCUUCUCAGGCUUCAGGAAUCCAUCAUGGACUUUUACUGGCACUACUCCAGCAAAGAGCUCAUUGAUCCAUCAGGAAAGGCCAAUUUCUUCAAGGCCAUCGGCGUGGCUUCCCAGGUCUUCAACACCCUCACUGAAGUCAUCCAGGGCCCCUGUGUGCAAAACCAACAGGCCCUGGCCCAUUCCCGCCUCUGGGACGCCGUCGGCGGCUUCAUGUUCCUCUUUGCCCACAUGCAAGACAAGCUGAGCAAGCACAGCUCUCAGAUCGACCUGCUCACAGAGCUGAUGAACCUGCAAAAGGACAUGGUCGUCAUGAUGCUCUCCAUGCUCGAGGGCAACGUCGUCAAUGGCACCAUCGGCAAACAAAUGGUGGACACUCUGGUGGAGUCGGCGUCCAACGUGGAGAUGAUCCUCAAGUUCUUCGACAUGUUCCUCAAACUCAAAGACCUCACGUCUUCCGCUGCGUUCCAAGAACUCGACAAGGACUCCACGGGUUGGAUCACGUUGGACGAAUUCCGCGAGAAGAUGGAAGCGCAGAAAACGUACAGUGCCGAUGAAAUUGCGUACGUGCUCGGGUGUUGCGAGGCCAAUGUGGACGGCAAGAUCAACUACGUGGAGUUCACUGAGCAGUUUCACAACCCUGCCAAGGAAAUCGGAUUCAAUUUUGCAGUGUUGCUCACGAAUCUGAGUGAACACAUGCCCAGUGAUGCGAGAUUGGCGAGAUUCCUGGAGACUGCGGGUUCCGUGCUCAAUUACUUUGAGAACGUUUUGGGCAGGAUCGAAAUUUGCUCGGGCCACAAGAUUGAGAGGGUAUAUUUCGAGAUUGACGAAGACAACAUCGAUCAGUGGGAGAAGCCGCAGAUCAAAGAGUCGAAACGGGCCUUCUUCUACUCGAUCGUCACCGAGGGCGGCGACAAGGAGAAGCUCGAGGCCUUCGUCAACUUCUGCGAGGACGCCAUUUUCGAGAUGCAACACGCGUCGUCCCUCAUGGGCGAGACGGACGCCGGGCCGAUGCAGCAGGGCGGCAAGGGCGGCAAAGCGCAUCAGGCCUAUGCCUACUCCCCGACGGACGACUACGACGCCGACGACGGCACGCCCGGCGGCGGCGGGCCUCGGACGCCCAAAGACCGCGCCGUGGACGCCGUGCGUCGGGGCUUCUCAGCCACGUGGCGCACUCUGGCGUUGCUGAGUCCGUCCAACUUGGUGAAGUGUGCCAACGACUUGCGCCAGAUGCCGCCGCAAGACAUCCUCGUUGGAUUCCUCCAGCUGUUGUUGAGAGUGUUUUUGUCUACCGGAGGCUUUGGAUUGUGGAUCCUCACUUCCAUGUUUGGCAUCAUGAUGACGUUGAUGAGGGGUCAGCAGUUGGAGCCCGGGGAAGGGGAUGACCAGGAAAGGGAAGAGGAAGUGCGAGAGGAGAAACCGACUUUCAAGACUGUGCCAGUGGCUGUGCCUUUACCCAUGGCUGCUGCAGCUGCUGCUGCUGCAGAGCCUGGCUCAUCAGUAACAGCCCUACCAGCCAUCAUGCCAGCAUCUGAUGAAACAGGUGGCGGAGACCAGGGCCAGGGCCAGGGAGCAGCAGCCGGCGACUCUUCCGCGGGUGGCCAACUCGGGACAGCAACCACGGACCAGACAUCAGGUGCUGGCACCUCUCUGCUCCCAGCGGGCCUCACGUCCAUGCUGGGCCAGGUCACCAUGAAUUUCUACAACUUGAAAUACGUCGCGUUGAUCCUGGCGUUUUGCAUCAACUUCAUGUUGCUGUUCUACCGGGUGAGCACUUUCGAUCAGGACGACGGGGCUGUGGGACUCGGCAGUGGCGAGCAGAUGUCCGGAGAGGUGGAUGACAAAUUUUUCUACAUCGACUACGUCGUCCGACUCUUCGCCAUGUUCCACAGUCUCAUUUCAGUCGCCAUGCUCGUCGCCUAUUACCAUCUCAAAGUGCCUCUCGCCAUUUUCAAACGCGAAAAAGAAAUUGCACGUCGCCUGGAAUUCGAGGGGUUGUGGAUCACGGGUCAGCCGGACGACGAUGACAUCAAGUCGCACUGGGACAAGCUCGUCAUUUCCUCGAGAUCGUUUCCCGUCAACUACUGGGAUAAGUUUGUCAAGAAAAAAGUCAGGCAGAAGUACAGCGAAACGUACGACUUUGACGGGAUAAGUAUGCUUCUCGGGAUGGAAAAAACUUCGUCGUUUUCGAAAGCUGAUGAUGCUGGCGCCGGUGGGCUUUUGUCCUUCAUCACUGGCAUCGACUGGCGCUAUCAGGUUUGGAAAGCCGGUGUGACCAUAACCGACAGCAGCUUCCAGUAUUCCCUGUUCUACUUCACCUUUUCAAUCCUCGGGAAUUUCAACUACUUUUUCUUUGCCGCCCACUUGUUGGACGUGGCAGUUGGCUUCAAGACCCUGAGAACAAUUUUGCAGUCUGUGACACACAACGGGAAACAGCUGGUGCUCACGCUCCUGCUGCUCACUAUUGUGGUGUACAUUUACACUGUCAUCGCAUUCAACUUUUUCCGCAAGUUUUAUGUGCAGGAGGAGGAUGAACAGGUCGAUCAGAAGUGUCAUGACAUGUUGACCUGCUUCGUGUUCCAUCUAUACAAGGGUGUGAGAGCUGGUGGAGGCAUUGGUGACGAGAUUGAGUCCCCUGAUGGCGAUGAUUAUGAAGUCUAUCGUAUCAUAUUUGACAUCACCUUCUUCUUUUUUGUCAUUGUCAUCCUUUUGGCCAUCAUUCAGGGUCUCAUCAUCGAUGCCUUCGGAGAGCUCAGAGACCAGUUGCAAAGCGUGCAAGACGACAUGGAAAGCAACUGCUUCAUCUGCGGAAUCGGCAAAGACUACUUUGACAAAAUCCCGCACGGCUUCGACACCCACGUGCAAAAAGAGCACAACCUGGCCAACUACAUGUUCUUCCUCAUGUACCUCAUUAGCAAACCGGACACUGAGUACACUGGUCAAGAAACCUACGUAUGGAACAUGUAUACUCAACGUUGUUGGGACUUCUUUCCCGUGGGAGAUUGUUUCAGGAAACAGUACGAGGACGAAUUGUCGGGCUCGGGCUGAGAAAAAUAACAUCUUUUUCGAUCCAGUGUCUGAAUUAUUGCUGCAGAACCGAACCUACUGUGACCCUCCGGUUUCGUCCGUUUUUUUUUUCUUUCUGGAUUUAUGCGAUUUUAUUUCUUUUUUUUUUGCGUGCGGGGAAGUUCUUAUAGACCUGCUUUUCAUGACUUCGGCGGCAUUAUUGUUUUGAGAGAAAAAUGGAGGCGGUGGAACCGAGUGCUUCCUCCAAAUUAAGCCCUUCUGCAUCUUCAUGUUCAUUAUUGAAAAUAUUGUUUAGUGGAACGGAUAAGCGUGUAUGAUGGACUGCGUGUGUAUGCCGAGGCAAAAAUUAAAGAAAGGAAAACAAGA